AUGAAAACUACCACUAUUGUGAGUUACAAAUUUAAUGUUAAUGGUGAGUGUUCUGAUGUUUUGCAUGCCAAGAGAGGAAUUAGACAAGGGAAUCCCAUUUCCCCUAUGUUGUUUGUCAUAAUGGUGGAGUACAUGAAUAGGUUGAUGGUGAAAAUGCCGCAAAAUUCAAACUUCAAUCAUUAUAGUAAAUGUGAGAAGUUAGCUCUUACUCAUAUGGCUUUUGCUGAUGAUGUUUUGUUAUUCUGUAGAGGCGAUCUUAUGUCAUUUGAGCUGAUAUUGGAAGCUUUCAAGAAAUUCUCUGAUUCAACAUGUCUCAUAGUUAAUCCUAGAAAGUGUAAGUUGUUUUGUGGUGGUAUGGAAACUAGUCUUAUCCAGGAGGUUGAAAGGCUUUCUGGUUUUGAAGAGGGUCAGCUCCCAGUGAGAUGCCUUGGUGUUCCCCUGCUCAGUAAGAAACUGAGUGUGAACCAUUACCUUCCUUCGGUGGAUAGGAUUUUCUGUAGGAUUAGGCAUUGGUCUGCUAAGCUUCUUAGUACUGCUAGCAGGAUUCAAUUGGUGAAGAGUAUCACUAUGGCCAUUGCUCAGUAUUGGAUAACUUACUUUCCAAUCCCUAUGUUGGUGAUUCAAAAAAUUGAGGCUAUUUGCAGGUCUUUUAUCUGGACUGGUAAGGCUGAGAUUAGUAGGAGAAUCCCUAUGGCUUGGUCUAAAGUUUGCAGCCUUAUUAGCCAAGGUGGCUUGAAUAUCAUUAAUAUUGGCAUUUGGAAUAAGGUGUCCAUGCUCAAGUGCCUGUGCAAUAUCUGUAUGAAGGUGGAUAACCAUUGGGUAAAGUGGGUUCACACUUACUACCUAAAAGAUGAGGACGUAAAGAAUGCUGACUUGAAGAAUACAAGUUCGUGGAUUUUGAAAGUUGUUAUGUUAAGUAGAGGCACUGUGAACCAGAUACAGGAUCUCUGGGUUACAAUGCUGACAAACUGUAAGUUUUCAAUGAGGAAGACCUACAUGGAACUAAUUAGAAAUCAAAGUCCUACUGAUUUGUUCCAAGUUAUUAGAAACAAUUAUGCUAGACCUCAUGCUGACUUGACCUGCUGGUUGGCGUGCCAUGGUCUUCUGGCCAUGAAGGAGAAAAAUGAUGAAAUUGGGUUUGUUGCCAGAUGA